AUUCUGGAUCAGAUUAGGGCGAAACAACUCAGAUCACUGGAGAAGUUCUCAAAUGUCACAUUCGGGGCUAUUUGUCCGAUCUCAACCCUUGGCCGGGCCAGCGGAAAGAAGCGCAUCAUCGACAUUUCUGUUAACAUUCUGGGGCCCGAGGAUCUGAUCGAUGCGGUGGGAGAUGCACUUGCAGCCGCAUCUGCCUACCUCCAGCAUCCUUGUUUCCUCGAAUCCGGCGUCAGAUAUAUCAAUCCCCAUUACUUCUGCUUUGACGAAGAACUAGCUGACAUGAGAGCACAUGUUGGUCCGGCGAAAACGGAUCCCAAGUCUUCACAAGCCAGUGAAGAACUCAGCCGUCUUUUGGACUCUCUCGAUUGCGCAUCAACCCUUCCUACCAACGAAGGUCGUGAAAUCGAACAUGGGCUUAUCUUGACCCCGCUGAAGAGGGGUACUAAGGUGUGCAGUCACCAGAAAGAUGGCGUCAAAUUCAUAAUGAAGAGAGAAGAUUCCAGCUUUUGCCAUUCAGCCAUGUUGGAUAUCCGGGACAUGGCCAGGUUCUUCUCAAACUCCCCCGAGUCGUGUCUAGGUGGCAUCAUUGCUGAUGUCAUGGGACUUGGCAAAACAUUGACGAGCUUAGCGGCUAUUGCUUGUUCGAAACCAGCUGCUCUAGAUUUUGAGAUGAGCCUUAGCUCGACGUCUCCUAUGCCAACGAGGGCAACCUUGAUUGUUGCAACUUCACAUCGUACACAUCUGAAACCAGGAGCCUUGAAAACCGCAAUAUUCCAUGGUGACGAUCGUGCUAAGGCCACUGAAGAACUUUCCAACUAUGACAUUGUUUUGACAACCUACCCAACUCUUCUCGCCGAUUCAAAAGGCCGCCGAGUCCUCCAGGACAUUGCUUGGUUUAGAAUUGUGCUUGACGAAGCUCAUUAUGUCCGAAACCACUCAACGCAGAGGUUCAAGGCCAUCCACAGUCUUCAAGCAAGCCGAAGAUGGUGCUUAACGGGUACUCCAAUUCAGAAUUCCCUCGAUGACUUGCGCUCCCUCCUCAAGUUUCUUCGGUUUCAACCCUUUGAUGGCGCUUCCUUUUUCGAUAAACAUAUUGUUGAUCCGCUAAGGGAAGACCCUCACACCGGUUUUCGAAAUCUCAGGAUCCUCCUCAGAACCGUUUGCCUCCGCCGAGGGGAGGCCUACCUACAUCUUCCCCCUUACGAAACGACCGAGGUCAAAAUCGCGCUUACACCAAAAGAGAUGGAGCUCUACCGAGGAAUCCUCGCUGACUGUCAACAACAAUUCGAUGACAUUGUCAGCAAGAAGUCCAAGGCCAGCAAUUACACCAUCCUCUUCACCACCACCAUGAAGCUUCGCAGACUCUGCAACCAUGGCAGCAUUCACGUUUCCUCUCGAGACGAGGCCCUCUGCGAGUUCUGUUGUGGAGACUCCAAAGAAACAUCGACGUUCCUUGACGGCCUCGAGACGUGUCCUGAAUGCUCCCGGGCUCUGAAAACCUCAAACAGAAAGACACUUGCUCCAUCGAUGAGGCAGGAGUCGUCGCUCUCCCCGGCACCUUCAUUGUCUGCCACGGGUUCUCCGAGCCGGGUAUCUAGCCCUGCAACUCCUGGGCCAGGGGAUGGUUUAUUUGGUAACUCUGCCAAGCUCUCCACAGUGAUUCAAAAUGUUACAAGCUCGCUUCCUGGUUCCAAAAAGUACACAUACAGCAUAGUUUUCACGGCUUGGCGAUCGACCCUGGACCUUCUUGAGCGAAUGCUUACUGAGAAUGGAAUUCAAUGUCGCCGAAUCGACGGGCGAGUCAGCAUCUCUGAUCGCACAGAGCGACUCAAAGAUUUUCAAUUUGACCCUGAGAACAGCAUUCCUGUGCUGUUGUUGUCCAUUGAAACGGGGGCCGUUGGACUCACGCUGACGGCAGCUGACCGUGUCCAUAUCGUGGAACCACAGUGGAAUCCUUCGGUUGAGCAGCAAGCUAUCGGAAGAGCCCUCCGCAUCGGGCAGAAACGCAAGGUGACGAUUGUGAAAUACAUCGUACAAAACACAGUGGAGGAGGUAUGGCUCUAA